UGGUUUGUAUUGAAAUGAAUAUUAAGUGAUUAAGUGACACAUGGAAAUAUAUGGGAUGGUUGGUAAUAGAUGAGAAGUGUUUGGUGUGGUGUUUGCACAGAUCUUUAGUUAUUCAAAUGUAUGUAUACUUAAAAUGAAUGUAACAAUAUAUUAAAUUGAAGCAUUAUAGCAGAAUUCUUGGUGAACAGAUUAAAUUAAUUUGGACUCUCUACAAAAACUUUGAGAGAAAGGGGAGUGACCUGAAUGACGUUCCCUCACGUCAGCUGCUAAAGUGAAAGCGAAACUUGGAUAGGUGUCGACUCCUGACUGAAAAUAAGUUCAGUUCAUGUUUCAUCAGUAAAGUGAAAUAAUGUCCAAGGUCACUUUCUGUGGUUGGGAAGUUGAGUAUGAUGGUGACCACCAUCUGAAAGCUGAGCAAGAGGCUAAAUCUGGCAGACUUUACACAAUGUACCAUGGCACCAGUGUACAACUUGCCCGUCAGAUAAUUCAGAAUGGCUUCAAGCAGUCUCAAGACGGAAUGCUGGGUCCUGGUGUUUAUGUGAGCCGCGAUCAGAAGAAAGCCGAGCGCUACCCUUUGAAUAACCAUGUCUCUGACAAGGUAGUGCUGAAGUUGCAAGUUGAUUGUGGGAAGGUGAAACGCAUCGACAAAGACAAUCACCCCAUGCAAAAAUCCUGGCACAUGCAGGGCUUCGACACUGCAUGGGUGCCCCCAAAAUGUGGAAUGAAAGCUGUUCCAAGUGGCCUUGAGGAGGAUUGCAUUUGGGACCCAAACAGGGUUAAGGUGACUGAUAUUGCUGUUGCACCCAAUACCACUCUUUUAGCUGAACUUCGCCAGCUGAUAUCUCAGAGAAAUAAUCAGUUUACGAAUCAGUCCUCUGGCCAAGGAGCCUGUACCUUAUGCAAGAGAACUAAUGAUCCUGCUCAUGGUGUACAAUCAUGUUGGGGAUGUGGACAGAAUAUCUGUAUCCUCAUGGCAAAACAUGUUUGCCUGGUCAAGCCAUAAUAGACCUCUGAAGUUCGCCUACAAAAAGGACCCAAAGCUGCCAUCUUUGCCCAUAUAAGGAGAUCCAAUUGUUAAUCAAAGUUGCACUGCAAGUUAGCUCUAGAGUAGCAAAAAACAAAGUUUGCCAUAUUAACGUACCGAAGAUCAUAGUACCCACUCGAAGGCAGAUGACAAAAGUGUGUAGGGCAAAACGUCUGCAUUUCAGAGUUCUUUGUGCCCUGCGAGAGUGUAACAGGUACGUCGUAACAGAGAGUGUUAUUUUCCCAAAAAUCGCAAAAUACCGUAUCUCCUUAUAUGGGCAAAGAUGGAAGCUUUUGUAGGCGAACUUCAGAAGACUAUGUGAAAAUCCCAUUUUUUUGCUAGAGAUUUGACGUGAUAAAAAUGACAAUCAUUUUUGUAUUAACGAAUUUGUGUUAAAAAUGCAUACAUUUAUUAGUCUUUUUUCUGUCUGAAGGUGGGGACAUCUUGUAGCCUAUAAUAAGCCAUAUCGAUCUCUGAAAAAGUAAUUCUGUUCUGAUUUCAUGACUUUGACUCAUAAGAGAGAGCUCAAAUUAAAAGGUUUAAUUGA